CACAAAGCCCGAAUUCCACCUCAACAUGCUGUAAGCUGGGCUCGCUCUCUCGUCUCUGCUCACCAAAAACAUAUUGAAUUCGACCGAGACUGACCCUCCGACGGCGACCUGACCCCACCAAGCACUUGCCACCCGCCCCAAGAUGCACGCGCCGAUGAGCGGCGAUGGUGGUGUCCGUGCCGCGGGAGGAUGAAGAGGCGAGCGACGAGAAUGCGGCCCUUGUGAGCGGCCACCGGCGUCCCGCCACCUACACCAUGAUGGACAGCGUGGAGCCGCACGACGACGCCGUCGUCGCCGCCGCCUCCUCGCAGGCCGGCGCCGCCGACCACCCCAGCACCGACACCCUCGAGUUCGGCGGCGCCGCGGCCGACGACGCCUCGCUCCUCUCUCAGUUCCACGAAGAUGCCAUCAAACAGGCUGGCCUCGGGACAUUCCAGAUGCUGCUGCUGUUGGUGGCCGGCCUUGGCUUGGCCGCCGACUCGGUCGAGGUCUUCGUCGUCUUCUACAUUCUGCCGAGCGCCGAGGUCGAAAUGUGCAUCACUCAGGUUGAAAAAGACUGGAUGGGUGCGAUCACGUUCGUGGGGAUGAUGGUCGGCGCCACCCUGUGGGGAAACCUGGCUGACCGGAUGGGCCGUCGAAGGACGCUGCUCUCGGCCUUGGGGGUCAACGCAGGGUUCAGCGUGAUCGCGGCCUUCAUGCCCACCUACGGCACCUUCAUGACUGCCCGUUUCUGCAGCGCCGUCGGUGUUGGCGGUUCGCUGCCCGUUGCUUACGCCUACUACUCUGAAUUCCUGCCCCGAUCGGACAGAGGCAGAUUCCUCAGUGGCCUGGUGAUGAUGUGGUCCCUCGGAGGAGUCUACGUUGCCCUCUUGGCUUGGAUUAUCCUCCCUCGAACUGGUCUUCAAGUGGCCGAGGACAGUUCCGAGCACUUCUCGGCGUGGCACCAGUUCCUGCUGCUGUGCACCCUGCCCUGUUUCGCAGCCAUCGCGGGUCUCAUUUUCUCGCCAGAGUCGCCGAGGCACCUGCUCGAAGCCGGCCAGGACGUCGAGGCCAUGCUGGCCUACCAGCGCAUUUUCAAAUCAAACAGCAAGAAAGGAGCCGAGGGCGCCGGCCAGUAUCAGUUGUCCGAGUUGGAGUUGCCGACCAAAAGAAUCAACGGCCUGGGUGGUCCGUACGCUUCGUCCUCGCCAGGCAAAUCGGUCCUGGCAGACAUGAUUUACAGUCUGGAAUUGUUCUGGAACUCGUUCGUGCAACUCUUUUGUUCGCCACACGUCAAGUUGACGGUCACCCUGCUGGUAAUUUGGAUCUCGGCUGCUUUUGGUUUCUACGGGUUGACUUUGUGGUUUCCCGAGUACAUCCGCACCCUGCGCGACCUGCUCUACUCCUCGAAAGCACAGCACGUCUUCGACAAGACCUACUUCAACAUCACCUUCAACCGCUCCCUGGAGAACAUCAACUUCUCCGGGUCCAGGUUCAUCUCGUGUCGCUUCGAGCACCUCACCCUGAGUCACGUGCUCUUCGAGAACUGCACCAUGGAGGCGUGCACGUUCGCCAACGUCCGCUCCAGUCGGACGCUCUUCCGCGACUCUGAAAUCAGCAAGUCUCACUUUGUCGACACGGACCUGUGGUGGGGGAACCUCCCUUACAAGAAAAACGAAGACGAAGAGACCUGGGAGGACGGAAUCACAAGUGGGCGCUUCGAGCAUUGCAACUUGGUCAACAACUCGAUCCUCAGCUUGUCCCAGGGUUGCCACCUGGACUUUGACUACAACCUUCACCUGCAAGACAUUUUCACCGAGAAUCUCGUCGGGCAGCUCGCUUUGCUGCCUGGGGCACUGGUCUGCGCCUUUUUGGUCGACAGGGUUGGAAGGAUAAAAAUUAUUGGCGUCACGUUUUUGCUGGCCGCACUCAUCUCUCCCUUCAUUUGGUUGUUGGACUCUGGACGGGCCAUCAUCGCCUUCGAGUCCGUCCUCAAUUUGUUUUUCGUUGCUGGCUGGAGCUCUCUCGCCAUCGCCACACUCGAAUCAUACCCCACUCACUUAAGGUCAACUGGCUUUGGUUUUUUGGCCGCCAUAUCAAGACUGGGCGCUGUGCUGGGCUUCACCACAUUUUCGCACCUGCUGCGCUCGAGCAGAGGAGUGCCUGCCAUGCUGUCGGCCGCCUGCUUUGCCGUGGCUGGAUUCACGGCCUCGCGGCUGCCCGAAGCCCGCACCGCCCUGCUCUAACAACUUUUGUAAAAUAUCAAUUCGCAUUGCUCACAGUUUUUGCCUCCGGUGAGAGUGCAAGCAAAGCAAACUCCUUUGGGCAGGGUAAACAUUUCUUAUUGUAGCGUCUUUCAAAGAUAUCAAUUUCUCCUACCGAUGUAUCUAUCUAUCCUGACAGUUUUAGCGCUUCUAAUUGUAAGUACGACGAGCGGUGAAGGCAACGAGAAGGACUGAAACGACUCACGUUUUUUGUUGUAGACAAUUUUUACUAAUGUACUCGUGUAUUCUUCGAAACGCUUCAUCUCUCGCAUUUGUACGUGCGCUGGACACUUGAGUAAGAAUAAUAAAUACUCUAUUUUUUAUUCCGCAUCAAUCAGAAAUAACUUUGCAGGCGAUUAAACUAGAUUUUUACAUAAUUUGGGAGGAAAUCUUAGGAUUUGUACUGCAUAUUCAUAUUCCAAGAGGUACCUGCAAUUAUAUUGUAUUGCUUGAGAAAGAACGAGAUUCUUAACUGCAAAUCAUCUUUUUUUUUAAUUUCCCUCUUGAUUUGCUUAGAAGAAUCAAGUUGAUGAUGGGAGGAGUGGUUCUUUUUACUUUGUCUUGUACUUAAUAAUAGCAUAAUUAUUAUGGAAACUUAUACUCUGUACUGAUGAUCAUGUAAGUGUAUAAAAAUGUAAUCUAAAAUGCCUAAAAAUUGGUCUUAGAUUAAAAAAAAAAAGAUCAAAAAGGUUGAAAAUCAUUUUAAAAACACAAAUUUUAGUAAUGCAGGUUAUUAUUAUGAAACAUCCAUUUUUUUAUAAAUAUAUAAUGCAAACGUUUUCCCAUAUUUAUUUUAUCAUCCACUAUUAUAAUUUACCUCCUAUAAGAACUCUUUGAGGACAUUAUUGUUUGUGUAGAGCAUAUUUUACAUAGAAUCCAAAUAAAAAUGAAAAAAAUCACAAAGAAUAUGAGAGCACUUGACAAAAUUAUCACAAAU